CCAAACCAUAUACACCCCUCAUAUACAAUGAGCGAACUCCAGAACAGACCAAGAUCAGAACUUUCCGAAGUCGAGCUCGCUCAACUCGAGGCUUACGAAUUCAAUGCGGGACCGCUAUCAGUGUUGCAGCAGGCGGUGAAGAAUCAUAACCAGGUGUUGAUCAACUGCAGAAAUAACCACAAGUUGUUGGCGAGAGUAAAAGCAUUCGAUAGACAUUGCAACAUGGUCCUCGAGAACGUGAAAGAGAUGUGGACAGAAACCCCGAGAAACGCACAAGGAAAGAAGGGAAAGCCGGUGAAUAAGGAUAGGUUCAUCUCGAAGAUGUUCUUGAGGGGGGAUGGUGUUGUGUUGGUGUUGAGGAACACGAACUAAGUGAG